AUGCUGAGGAAAAGAGUCAACUUCCAGCAUGUCUGGGAAGCGGAGGAGGAGGACAUUGCUGCUGAAGUCUUGCCUGAUAGACCUGAGCACCGGGACCGCGUGGCGCUGGCAAAACCAAACGUAAUCUAUCGCUCUGUACAAAAAAAGCACAGUCAGACAAUUCUCAAAAUGGCAACUGUCUGGCUACUGUCUUUCCUGCUGUAUGGCCCAGCUCUUCUUAUCUGGGAAAGUGUUUUUGGUAAUAAAGGCAUGGCAAAGAGUGAUUGUGUUCCUGCCUUUUCUGACUCUUGGUUAUUUCAUUUGGCAUCAUCAGCUUUUGAUUUGUUUAUUCCGUUGGUGAGUAUUUCAUUCUUUAACUUGAGCAUCUACUUGAACAUCACAAAGCGCAGCAGAAAGAAACGACAACCGGUCUCUGACCUGAACGGAGGAAACGACACCAGGCCAUUUAUCAUAGCAACUAAUCAAGUUCUGUUUUCUGCACAAUUAGAUGGCAUACAGAAUAUGGCAAUUUUAAGACAGGGACUCAAAAAAUUUCCCAGACAAUGCUUUUCAAGAAAAAUAGCAGCGUCUUCUUCACAGAUGGACAUUGUGCACAAUUCUUACAAUAUCUGUGUCAUUGAUCUUUCCAGGGACAAGAGAAUAGCCAAAUAUCUUGCAAUUCUUGUUUGCACUUUUGCCAUUUGUUGGGCUCCAUAUACUUUUCUAAUAUUUCUGAACUAUGAGUGUCAGGGUUACUGCAUUCCUUCUUAUUGGUAUGAUAUUACACUGUGGGUGUUAUAUUUAAAUUCAGCAAUCAACCCUAUAUUGUAUCCAUUGUGUCAUAAGAGUUUUAGAAAAGCCUUCUCAACCAUUUUACGUGUGCCCUUGUAGCAUACUUGCCGACUUUAAAUAUCUCCUCUCCGUGAGAAGCCUGGAGAGGAGACACUGCAGGAGACUUCAGGGAGCGGGGCCGGGCUAUGACAUCAUUAAGCCCCGUCCCCACAUUGGGAAAUGUUGCGUUUCGCCGGUCCGUGGGAAGGGGGCGGGGCUAGAAUGAAGCGAUUUGCAUCAUGUUAACCCCCACCCCCUUACUCGUGUAUACGGGAGUUUAUCUCUUCAUCCUGCUCGCAUCACUAGGGUGCGAGCAGGAUGCGGGAGACCUGCCUACUUUUCUGGGGAUACGGGGGGCUACUCAAAAAAACAGGAGCCUCCCACAGCUUCUGGAAGAGUAGGCAAGUAUGCCUUGUAGCAGCUUACAAUGUUAUUCAUUUAGAAUUGCAAUAUAUUACCUUCCAAACCUAUCAUACUCUAAUACAUUGUGAGGGCUAGGAAUUGUUUUAAGUGUGUUUAAUUUUCACAAAAUAACUUAAAAAACUCUUCUGACCCACACAUUAUAAUGUAUUCUGUGUAAUUAGCGAGAAGUGACCUGUAAACUAACAAAAUAAAGUGCAUUUAAAUUUUUCAGGAAAAAAUACCUUUAAUUUUCAAAAUGAAUUUAUGACUUGCUGUAACCAUGAUGACAAUUUCUGUCA